UUUUUUAACAAUAAUUGAAAUAUUCUAAUAAAAUUUUAAACAUUAUUUAUUUGUCUUGAAUGUACGAUUCUUGAAUAGAAGUAUAAAUAAUAAUUUAAUAAUUUAAAUUGAUUUUGGAAGUUAUAUUAUUAUAUGAAACCAUUUUGCUAUUAUUGUAAUACACCGUGAUUGCAGGAUUCAUUCAUGUGUUAAGGUAAAGAGUCAUAUCAAAAUACAUAAUGAAGUCACUAAGAUAAUAUGUGAAAUAAUGUUGUAAUAAAAUGUAAUGUGCGACGUUCACGUAGAUGCCCGUAAACGAAACAGGUUAGAUAUUAUAAUCAUAUUUAGCACUUUAGUAUUUCCAAAAUAAGUUUUUUUUUAAGACGCCCAACUAUUAUAAUAAAUCUCUAUCUACUAAAACAAUUCAGUAAUUGUAGUUAGAUGAUUUUAAAUAAAAAAUAUUCUAUGAAUAAAUUUGUCACGACAAGUGAAGCAUAUUAAUAAUAAUUUACAUCACUGAAAAGCUGACAAAUAUAUCUAUAGAAAUUGUCGACAACGUGAGACGGUUUUCAAUUCAUUGAUUACUAUUGCUGAUACUAGUGUUGUGUUUUGACCGUUUCGAAGCGAUAAUAUUCCCGCCUGAACUCCUGCGAUAUUAGAGCCAUCUAGUGAGUAAACUCGGAACUAAUCGGAGCUCUAGCGGCAAACUGUUGAACUCGUUCCUUUCAUCAGCGGGAAGUGACAGUUAAAUCACAGUAUUUAAUACUCAGAUUAUUUAAAUUCUGUACGUUGUAUUAAAAAAAUUACUAGACAGAAUUGUUCAUUGUACCUCCUUUAAGUUGUGUGCAAAGUAACAGCCGUGAACCGUUAAAAUAUAUACCUAAUAUUUAGUUUUGAAAAUUUCAAAAUUAAAAUUAAAUAAGAAAGCAUUUUUUGAAAAAAAUUCUAUCGUCAUAUUUACAAAAUUCAAAGUUUUAUUUACAAUUCUGUCUAGUAUGUAUUUUUUAUCUACUACGAUAUUCAUGGGAGAAAUAAUUUUCUUGGAGGCUGCAAAACUAAGGAUCUUAGCCUUAAGUUGCUGAACCUAUGACUAGCCUAUGGAAAGAAAACGCUACGUAACAUGAACGAAAAAAAAAAAAAAUCUAAAGUAGGUAAUACAUAAUUUUUCACUUAAAUUAAUUACAUGUUUCAAUAUUAAUUUUCGAUGGGCUCUUUCGUGGGCAUCUUUAUUGGAAGGCCGCGGUGUGCUACGGUUAAUGGCUGUCGCUCAUUAGCUGUUAUAGUCUCUGUAUCAUAUUUAGAUAUACGGUAGCUUCAAUUACAGAACAGCCACUGAGCGACAGGCAGCAAGCCCUCCCACACCUUAGGCCGCGGCCUUGCACCAUAGACGGCCAUGGCUCUUAACGACACAUAUAAUUUAGUCUAAAAUUUGCCGCAAUAUAGAUACACUACUUAAAAUAUAACAAGACUCGCUGGAAAAGUAUUGAAACCCUGGCCACCGCGAAUGCGAGUUCAGUAAUUGUACCUUCAGAGGUAGUAUAUAGGUGGGUAGUUACCACGACCAUGUUCUACGUUAUAUGAGAAGAGAUAUAAGUUUCCUUUCUGUAGCGAGAAGUUGGCUCAAUUUCAACAUAACACAAUGAUAAUAUAGUGAACUGUCAUAAAAUUUCGAAAAACCGAUAUGGUAAUAUUUUGUAUUCAGAAAUAACUUCCAUUGAUAUAGUCCAUGCUGUCAGAAGUUUGACAUUCACUUUUUAAAAAAUUUCUGGCAGUCCAAUAGUUUUCUGGUAAAAUAAGAUCUUUGCAAUCCUGUUUACAGAGACCUUUCUCACAAGCUAAACAUCAAAAUUCGGACAGUGAAAUAGAUUAUAGUAGUUCUGUUUAAAUUAUGAUUACCAGUUGUGAUUGCAAUAAUAGUAAUUUAUGUUUAAUAUACUGUAAUGCCAGUAACAUUCACUUUUAAAUUCACUUAAUUGGUUACGGAGCAAAUAUUAUGUUGAUCGAUAAAAAUAGGUAUACUUAAUUAUACACAACGUACAUUUAUAAAAGUUAAAUUAAAGUUAAAAUUAAAGUAUGGACAUUUGGAUUUAGAGAAAAUAUAGAAACUAGUAUCUAGGUCCAUUGUGGGAGCAAAAAAGACAAAUUCUUGUUUGACUUUUCUUAAAAUCAAAAACGUAGACUACACGGACUUCCAUGUUUUUUUUAAACUUCGAAAUGAAAUUUGUAGAAACAAUAAGAAAAUUUUCAUCUAGAAAAUAGUACACUAGCAAACUGAUUAGGAUAAUAUUUUCUGGAGUAGUUCAGCUUCAGUUGCCUGAGCCAGUGCCUAGUACAUAAUUCGGGUCAGCCAGAUAACUCCGACCAGACAGAGCGGAAAACUGUUCCAGCCUAUCAGGACAGGCCAUUGGUAUUAAGUUGCCUAUCUACCUGCCUUUGAGGUUUCAAAAACAUAUACGUUGUUUUAUGCACUUUUUAAUAAAACUACCAGAGCAACAGCUCUUUAAAUUUUUUAUCCGACAAGUAAAAUGAAGUCUUUCUGUUUAUAUGUUAUUACAUUUUAUAAUUUCGUUAUGUAAGAUACUAAAAUUAAUUGCUCAAAACAAGCAAUUUUAUGCCUGAAUUUCCGAUUACUUAUCCAAAAUUUGUGAAAUAUGAAUGGAUACAAUUAGUCGACAUUGUUAUGAUCAAAAUGAUAGAAUGACAAAGUAGGGUCACCGUUUUAAAUUUCAAAAUAUUCGCUUACGAAAAUGUAAUAUUUUGGUGUUCUGUGUGUCCGACUUGUGCUGCCGAGCGACACACACACACACGCAAAGUUCGUGACCAGGCUCAGAAGGGGGAGAAGGGAGGGGAUGGCACGUGAGUCUGCGGAGGGGUAGUUCUGACCUUGGACUUUGCCCCGAGAGGUAACAGUAUCUCGCGUUAGCAACUGCCAGCCGUUGAGGUAUCUCAUACCAUUCCACACACGAGAAUGUGGAUGUUUUGAGAGGAAAACACUUCUAAAUAAAGUGAAUAUAAAGUAUAUAAACGCAUGUGUUAAUCGUGAUUAUAUUAAAUUGGUUAGAUAACUAAGCAGAAAUAUUAUUAGAAAUAAGUAAUUAUUAAGUAGUUAUUAGUCAUCAGCGUCAUAUAUAAAGAUGGAAGCCCGUGUAGACAAAAGAAAAUCAAAAUCAGGCAAAUUGUUUAUGAGUGCCAGAAGGAAGAAGAGAAGAGGAACAGCCUUGAUUGAAUAUCAAAAACAAAGAUGCAGGCAGAGGGAGCUGCAGGCAGCUGGCCUAGCCUCCACCGAGGAGGGCGCGCCGUCCACAUCCGGCGCAGAGCAGUCUGGUGGCGGGCUUCAGAACAAGCAGUUCAAGACAGAGGGUCCCGAAGUCACUGAUGGAAGCCAACAGUCCAGAAGGUCCAAGAAGGCUACGAGCUCGGACCCCGACGACGCUCCUCCGUGCAAAGUUCCUAGGUUGGCCAAGGCGAACGAGACUUCAGGAAAUGUGGAAUCGACCAAUAGACAGCAGAGAAGGUCUUCAGCAGUCCAAUACAAGGAGUCAGAGUCUGAGGAGAGCGUGGACUGCCCGGGUGUGGAGCAGACCGACUAUCCACUGCCGGCCCAAGUCAAGGCGGAGCCGGAGUAUGUGGCAGUGGCCGGCCAGUUCGAGGUGGUCAACCUGCCCAGUGCCGGCCAGUUGGCUGAUGAGGAGCUGUUCAACAAUUCAGUGGAUGCCAUAUCGACGCCGCAGAACCAGUUGUGUCGCCUCUGCGUCAAGAACGAGGGGCUUGUGCCCUUGUUCCAGCGCAGCGGAGCACCGAGAGUCCUCGCGAUCCAGGCCAUGACGGUCACCAGGGUGAAGGUGUCCAGCAAGGACGGACUGCCGGCCAGGAUCUGCCGUCGCUGCGAGGACUUGCUGCAGCAGAGCUUCCACUUCAAGCUGCAGUGCGAGGUGGCAGACGUCACCCUGCGCUCCAAGGUCGCCGCGCGAGCCGUCGCCCCCGAGGUGUUGUCGACUGCCAAGGCCGAUGCGUUCUGUCUGCUUACGGACCAGCUGGACAAGACCUUGACCAAGCUGAAUUGUAUUGUGUCGUCUCUGAAGAAAUUGGAGAGUAAGGACCGUUACAGCGCCCCUGCGCCUGAUAGAGACACAGCUCCUGUUGGAGGUGUUGAUGUGAAGGUGGAUGCCCCCUCGUCCCCUUCCGGUAGUGGUGUCGAGAUCAAGACUGAGAUGGAGUUUGAAGAGCACUUGUCGCAGUCAGAGCCAUGUAUAGACUCCACUAGCGGCAGUGAGGAGCAGACAGAUGGUCUGUUGAGCUCCGAGGAGCUGCCACCAGAGAAGACUGAAGUCCCAGGGACACAGCCAGAGAUGCCAGUGAUGCAGACAUCGCAGGAAGAGAGUGGAUCGUCCAGGUUACGAGAGAGACUGCAGCCAAGUGAGCCACCGUCGAGUGCCCAGCUGCCCGGGGAACACGGAACUGUCCGACCGGGACUGCAAGUUAAGGACGUCAGCAGUUUGCGGUCCGCGCUCGUGGGCAACCCACCGAACCUGUCGUCUGCGGAAGUGGGCGGGCGGAUCAUCCCGCAGCUGGUGAAGCUGGGCGACGGAAGCGUGCGCCUGUACCACGUGUACGUACCCGACCCGCCCCCGCUCCCCGCCCCCGGGGACGGGCAGCCCGGGCCACUUGUGCCGAAGGGAGCGGCUCGCGGGCGGUCCAAGCAGCUGUCCCGCGUGCAGACACUGCAGGCAGCACAAGCCGCCGUGCAAGCCGCGGCGCAGCACACGCCGACGAUCGUAGUGCAAGCACCACGAGGCAGGGGGAAGAACACUGUGCCGACAAGCACACAGAUCAGAGCACAGAAAAGAAAACCGUGGAGGGUACUGACGGAGCUAAUCAGCGAUCCGCUGCAGAUUAGUGAGUCAUUGAGAACACAGACAUUAGUACAUGAAAGUAGUAGUCCUUUGAUAGCACAGGCAUCAGCAGAAGCAAGUGACCCUUUGAGAACACAAGAAUUAACACAUGAAAGUAGUCCUUUGAUAGCACAGGCAUUAGCAGAAGCAAGUGACCCUUUGAGAACACAAGAAUUAACACAUGAAAUUGAUAGGUUGAGAAUGCAGGCAUCGGCACAACCGUGCAAACUGCCUGAUACACAUGGGUUGAGCAAAUCAAGCGAACCAUUUGUAACCAAAAAAUUAUUUGAACCUAGUGAAACACACAAAGAAAAACCCUUGGAACAAACAGACGAAUUGGUGAAGAGAGAUGCGCUGACAGAAAAUGAACAGUGCAGCACACAAGAUCUCGUGGAAACAGUUACAGUGAAAUUUUGUGAACACACGACUGAUAAAAUCAUGUCCUGAACACAUCUCGUCCACAGAAAUAUAAUGCGAUUGUUACUGUGUGAA